AAACCAGAAAUGAUUUCUAUUGAGUUUUGUACACAUCGCCUCGAAAGAAUUUUAUUUAACAUUUUCCAACCAAACGAUAAACACGCACGCGGUUAAAAGUCUCAGACGACGGUUUCUAAAGUUUUUAAUAUUAAAAAAAAAGAAGAAGAAGAAGAAGAAGUAAAGUCAAGAUUUCUUUUAAUUAUAAAUUGUGUACAAAAUAAGACGAAUGAAAUAAUUUUUAUGUAAUAUUCAGCAUUAAGGAAUCAUAUUUGAAUAGCUGCAUUAAAAAGUGUGUCUAUUUUUAACUAUUACGUUAUUUUGAGUGGAGCAUAUAGUGUUAAAAUAAGAAGAAGAAAAAAAAGUUUUAAGUGACGGACGCACUGAACCUUGAUGCCUUUAGAUGAAUCUCCUAAAGUCACAGGUCAAUCGUUAUAAUCUACUGAAGUAAAGUGUUUUAAGCCUUAACUUAUAAAAUAUAAUUAUCGGAAUACAUAAAAAAGAAAACCUAAGAGAAACACCUUUAUUCAAAACCGAACACACACUCAUAUUAUACGGAUUACUCAUAAUACCCAAUACCAAUUAUACACAGACGAUACGAUCAUUUCGGCCAAUAUAUAUUUUUGGAUUAUAAACAGUUCUGUGAAUGGAUACGAGUCAAAACGCAUCUAGAGUGUUUUCCUGCAGUUGAUUGAUUAUACUAUACGUUCGACGAGAGAGAGAAUUGUGCCUCUUGUUUACGGAACGAUAUUUUUUCCUUAUAAAAGUUUUAUAAUAACCACGAAAAAGGAGAUGAAAAUGAGGUUAAAAAGGGAGUCACCAUGCCUAGUACUACGGUUUAUGCCCAUAAAUAAAAUUGGUAAUCACAAAGACUACAACAAUAGACGACACAGAGAAUUGUCAUCGCCUGACGAAUCAAUAAUUCCACCCGGUUCACGAGUGCCAUUAUCUAGAAGUUGUUCUAGUCCGGCAACAGCAACAUAUGACAUUGAAACAUAUCCUGCGUCACCACUAUUUCCACAUUUGCUACUCGGCAAUGGCAGCGAUGCUAUUGAUCCAACAAAUGUCGGAGCAAAUUAUGUAUUAAAUGUCACCUGCCAAUCACCUGCAUCGAAAUUGUGCGAUGGACUUCAGUAUAAACAAAUACCUGCCAGUGAUACACCACAUCAAAAUAUUAAACAAUAUUUUCAAGAAGCAUUUGAUUUUAUCGAGGACGCCCGACUUAAUAAUUCAACCGUAUUGUUACACUGUCAAGCUGGUAUAUCCCGGAGUGCCACCAUUGCCAUUGCCUAUGUGAUGCGUUACAAAUCAUUGUCAUUGAUCGAUGCAUACAAAUUAGUCAAACUAGCCCGACCGAUAAUAUCACCAAACUUAAAUUUCAUGGGCCAGCUGCUGGAGCUCGAACAGAGUUUACGCGCUGCCGGCAAACUACCAGUACCUACGGCAUCGAAUCCGCCCAGUUCGGAUUCGGAAAUGGAAGAGGACGAUGUGUUUACCACACGCACUUCCACCGAUAAAAUGUCACCGUCGUCAGCGUCAUCGUCACGGGACGGUUGUUCGUCGUCGAUUUCGUCAUUAUCGCCGAUAUCCCCGUUGUCGCCACUGUCAUCGGUGUCGUCGAAAACAUCAUCGACCAGUUCGAAUCUGUCGCCGAUCAUUGACGAUGUUCAUUGUUCGAAUCGUUUCUCAAUUACACUGAACGUUAACAAUAACAACAACAAUAAUGCUGGCACUAGUGAACCCAUGUCAACCGAACGCAUCGACGAGAAUGAUUGAUUUGUAGUAAUUUUUAGUAUUCUAAGUAUUUCGGUGUUUUUGAUUAGUUUUUACUUUUAGUCUUACCGAUUUCCUUCUUUUUCUAAUUUUAUUAAUUUAUGUCGGUUGUUGGAUACACAUCAACAACUUAAAAAAAAAAUACCGCCCUUCUCGUCAUCCCCCUUGUAAAUAUUAUAUAAAAGUAUGUAGAAGGUAGUUGUAAAAAAUAAGGAUUUCGCUUCACAAUUGAGACGAAAGAGAAAAUCGGCUUUUUACCAAAAAAAAAAAGAAAAACGAAAAAAAUUUCGAAUUUUUGAGAAAAAAAAAAAUUAAAACAAAAGAAUCAGAAAGAAUGGUCCGAUCCAUUAAAGUAAUAGGAAGAAAAAGAUUUCAGUAUUUCUUUUGAGUAAAGAAGAAGAGGAAGAAUUAAAAACUAAAUUUACUUUUUGCAUUUUCAGUCGAUAGUUUUGAUGGAGAAUGGUCAAAAGAAAUGAUGGCAAGAAAGUAAAAGUUUAUAAAAAC